CCUACUGGAAGUGAAUCCCUACAAACCUGCUUCACACACAAUCAUUACUAACUCAACUAAGAGUUCACGGACAGUUGUGCGUCUGGAUCUCAGUGUUGAGAGAUGUCUGCGGUUAUUAGAAAGAUCAUUCACACUGCAUCUGCACCAGCCGCCAUCGGGCCCUACAGCCAGGCUGUUUUGGUGGACCGGACAAUGUACAUCUCAGGACAGAUCGGCAUGGACGUGAGUGGACAGUUGGUGGUGGGAGGAGUGCAGGCUCAGGCCAAGCAGGCACUCAUUAACAUGGGGGAGAUUCUGAAAGCUGCUGGAUGUGGAUAUGAAAAUGUUGUCAAAACCACAGUGCUGUUGGCAGACAUUAAUGACUUCAAUAGCGUCAAUGAUGUUUACAAGCAGUUCUUCAAGAGCAAUUUCCCAGCUAGAGCUGCCUAUCAAGUAGCUGCCCUGCCCAGAGGAGGACUUGUUGAGAUUGAAGCGGUUGCUGUGUUGGGACCCAUCACAGAUGCCUCCUGACUAUAUGCCCCCAGCAUGCAACACAAAUUGUAAACACAGUAUAUGGAGACAAACCGCAUCCCUGAUAACAAGAAAAUCUAUCAAACAUUAAACCUCCCAAGUCACCAACAGAAGAAAAACACUUUUUUCUAUUGCCCAUUUUGCUAAUAUAAAUGUUAUUGAGAGUAUUAUAUAUUAAGUAAUAGCAACAAUUCAAAACCCAGUUCAAUUCAACUUUAUUUUUAAACUUGUCGUCAUCACAUUAAAUCAAACCACACCACAAAAACAACAUUUCUUCCAUUUGGUGAGUUCAAUCUGUUGUGCUUGUAGCAGGAAAACAUUAGCAUACAUUAAAUAAAACCUAA